AUGGUCAUCUGUACAGCCAGACAUCAUAUCCUGAGGGCCAAUUAUUUGUGUGGCAGAUGGGCUAGGAUGUGGCAGAGACAAAUGAGUGAAAAAGUUUACACUGAGAGGGACUUCGACCAGGAGGAUCUAAAAGCCAAGCUGUUAGGCCUUCCUGGAGGCUCCGUUGAUCUCACCAAACAAGAUUCCGGCAUUGGCAUUCUCACAAUCAACAACCCCUCCUACAUGAAUGCCUUCUCUGGCACCAUGAUGGUGCAGCUGGAGGAAAAGGUUAGCCAACUGGAGAAGUGGACAGAUGGAAAAGGCCUCAUAGUCCAGGGUGCUGCGGGGACUUUCUGUUCUGGAUCAGACCUCAAUGCUGUCAAAGCAAUAUCCAAACCUGAUGAUGGUAUGAAGAUGUGUAUGUUCAUGCAGAAUACUCUCACAAGACUACUCAGGCUGCCUCUGAUCUCUGUUGCUCUUGUGGAGGGGAGAGCUUUGGGUGGAGGUGCAGAACUUACUACUGCCUGUGAUUUCAGAUUAAUGGCACCCGAAAGUGUGAUCCAAUUCGUCCACAAACACAUGGGUGUGGUACCAGGCUGGGGUGGAGCUGCUCGACUUGUCAAUCUUAUUGGAAGCCGAAAUUCAGUCAAGUUGCUCAGUGGUGCGUUGAAAGUGGAUCCUGAUUUUGGCCUCCAGGUUAAUCUGGUAGAUGGACUUCUUAAAGACCCUCAGUUAGAGGAAGGUGUUGGGACUUUCUUGAAGCAAACUGAAAAGUGGCUCAGUCACUACACAAAAGGGCCAGCACCAGUAGUCCAGGCUAUGAAAAAGGUGGUGUUGUCAGGGAGGGAGCUCCCUCUAGUGGAGGCUCUGAGAACUGAAAAGGAGGUGUUUGGGACAGUUUGGGGUGGUCCAGCUAACAUGCAGGCAUUAGCUAACAAGACUAAAUACAAAUAA